CCUUGUUCCUCUCACUUCAUUCAUUCACUACUCACACUUCUUCCUCUCUUUGCCAUACCCUUCAAACUCACUCACCAUCAUUUCUUCCAUCCUUUCCAAACUAUAUAUCUUCUCUUUUUGUCCUCAAAUAACUUGUGAGACAAAACAAACAUACAAACAACGUAACAAAAGUAAUAAUGCCAACAACAAAAGAAGCAUUUGGUGGUGUAGAAUCUCCAAACGUAGACUCUUCCAACACUCAUACCCCUCCCAAACAUAGCUCCCGAGAAUCAUGUGACCUUCCUACUUUACUCUCUUCUUCUUACCCAAUCACUCUUAAGUUCAUGGACGUGGGAUACCGAAUUAAGAUAGAGAACAAAUCAGCAAAAGGAGGGUGCAUCAAGAAACUAUUUACACCACUCGAAUCAUCACCGUCAGAUCAAAGAUCAACACAAGAGCGAAUCAUUCUUAACAACGUAACAGGAAUAGCUUACCCAGGAGAGAUCCUAGCCAUCCUAGGCCCAUCUGGUAGCGGAAAAUCAACGCUCCUAAACUCACUAGCUGGAAGACUUCAUACACACAACCUCACCGGAACAAUUCUCGCUAACUCAUCAAAACUAGACCGAACCAUUCUCCGUCGAACCGGGUUCGUUACACAAGAUGAUAUCUUAUACCCUCAUUUGACUGUUCGGGAAACGUUAGUCUUCUGCUCCAUGCUUCGUCUCCCAAGACAACUUACUCGGGAAACGAAGGUGGCAGCAGCAGAGUCCGCGAUCGCGGAACUAGGUUUAACAAAGUGUGAAAAUACUAUCAUUGGAAACAGUUUCAUCCGCGGUGUCUCCGGUGGAGAAAGGAAGCGCGUGAGUAUAGCUCAUGAGAUGUUGGUGGAUCCAGCUCUGUUGAUACUAGAUGAGCCAACAUCUGGACUGGACUCGACGGCUGCGCACCGACUAGUCUCAACGUUGGGAUCGUUGGCAAGGAAGGGGAAGACGGUGGUGACGUCGGUGCAUCAGCCGUCGAGUCGUGUGUUCCAGAUGUUUGAUAGAGUGCUUGUGUUGUCGGAGGGAAAUUGUAUGUAUUAUGGGAAAGGAGCAGAAGCUAUGAGAUAUUUUGAGUCGGUUGGAUUCGCGCCGUCGUUUCCGGUUAAUCCGGCGGAUUUUAUGCUUGAUCUUGCUAACGGUGUUUGCCAUGUAGAUGGUGUAGGUGAAAAAGAUAGACCAAACAUAAAGCAAAAUCUAAUUAAUUCAUACAACACAGUACUUGGUCCAAAGGUAAAAUCUCUUUGCAUGGACACAACCAAUGCUUCAACCAAAGACAAUCAUCACCCUUCAAGAACCAGCUCUUCAAAAGAACGUAGAUAUAAUGACAGAGUUAACAUCUUUGAUUGGUUUUACCAAUUCAGUAUUCUUCUCCAAAGAAGUCUCAAAGAAAGAAAAUAUGAAUCUUUCAACACACUAAGAGUUUUUCAAGUUGUUGCUGCUGCUUUACUAGCUGGUUUAAUGUGGUGGCAUUCAGAUUAUAAGAACGUUCAAGAUAGGCUUGGAUUACUCUUCUUCAUUUCAAUCUUUUGGGGUGUAUUCCCAUCUUUCAACUCUGUCUUCGCGUUCCCUCAAGAACGUGCAAUCUUUGUUAAAGAAAGAGCUUCUGGCAUGUACACAUUAUCAUCCUAUUUCAUGGCUAGAAUUGUUGGUGACCUACCAAUGGAGCUUCUUCUUCCAACAAUUUUCCUCGUCAUUACAUAUUGGAUGGGUGGAUUGAAGCCUGAUUUGUUGUCUUUUCUCUUGACAUUGUUGGUUGUUCUCGGAUUCGUGCUUGUGUCGCAGGGUCUUGGACUUGCAUUAGGUGCUGCAAUAAUGGAUGCUAAACAAGCUUCCACAGUUGCAGCAGUGACAAUGCUAGCAUUUGUUUUAACAGGUGGAUACUAUGUCCAUAAGGUGCCAUCUUGUGUGGCAUGGAUCAAAUAUAUAUCCACAACAUUCUAUAGUUACAGGUUGUUAACUAGAAUUCAAUAUGGCGAUGGCAAGAAAAUUGCGAAUCUAAUCGGUUGCAAUCAUGUUGGUAGUACUAGUGAUGGUGCAAAUUGCAAAUUUCUUGAUGAAGAUGUGGUGGGUCAAAUUGGCACAAUGGGAUGCAUCGGUGUGUUGUUUUUCAUGUUUGUGUUUUACAGAUUAUUGGCUUAUCUUGCCUUGAGACGUAUCAAGAGUUGAAAUUGAAGUACUUCUUCAUUGCAUAGUUCUUUGGGAAAUUACGUACUAUGAAAACUUAAAGGUGAUGAUUUCAAUCGAAAGGGAUGAAUCAAUUUGUUUUCUUCUAGUGCAAGCAACCAUAAUGUUCUUUAAUUUCCACUAGAGUGGCUAGUUGAUUUGUGCUAACUGUAAUUGAAGAAUGAGAUAAUUUCUGUAAAGGUUUUAGAUAGGUAACAUCAAAAUUGAAGUGAAAAA